AUGCUAUUUUGCCAAAACAUUGUUAAAGGCUUAAAGUUAAACCAAGUUCAAACAUUUGAAACAUCACAAAAAAUAUUAGAAAAGGCAGCCUUAAAUCCAGUGAUGAGUCGCAGGUUAGCAAGUACAAAUGAUUUGAUUGCCGAUGAAGGGAAAUAUCAUCUAAAAUGCUACGCCAAUUUUCAAAGAACCACUGCUCAACAGCAGCCUAAACAACAAGAAAAAGAAAGCUGCUUUAUCUUUGCGGAAGUUAUGUCUGUACUUCAAUCUGGGAUCUCGAAGGGUAAUGUAUAUUCUUUGAAAUCUGUUUGGACAUAUUUUUGCAGAAGAUAUCAUUCAGCGUAUGGUGUUGAACCAGAAACUUUCAAAAGUGUCGGGUUUAGGACCAGAAUAAAGGACUGUUUUGGAGAUAAAGUAGUUUUUAUUCAGCCGCUAAACCCUUCUGAAUCGCGUCUCAUAAUAUCCGCUGAUUUAGGAGAAGCAGCACUACAGUCUUUGCUUCAGGAAAUUCAGGAAAACGAUGCAAACUAUGAACAAGGUGUUCUUGGUGCCGAUGGUUUAAAAGACGUAGACCUCGACACGGAGUUGCUAAGCUGGCUUUUUCGUGUAGCCAUAAAAGUUCGUCAUGAUAUUAAAGUUACACCUGGUCAAGAACCUAUAGGUACUAUAGAUAUGCAGAGUGCUGAAGAAGUUGUCCCAGAUACUUUGUAUAUGCUGAUUCGCAUGUUGUGUGCUGGAGAGGUCGAUACAACAGAUGAGAGCAACGAUGAAUUAAAUAUCGAUUUAAAGACAAAGAUCCUCAGCAUCUGCCAAGACAUCGUUUUUCUUGUCUCCAGGGGUCGGAAGUAUACUCCCAAACACGUUGGCAUUGGAGUAACUGUCCACCUAGCCACCCGAUCAAAGAGCUUGUUUAACUUCUUCACGCUGCUGGACAUUCCAUAA